UCCAUGGUUGAGCUACGGUAAUCUGGCGUGUUGGGGGCCAUAGAGACGUGGCUGUUUCUGGUGUGAUAUUUCAGUGGAGAAAAAGGAAAAAAAGGCUGCAGAGUCCGGAGAGGACAAUCCCUGCGCUUCGAGUUUGUUUCUGUAACAAGAUUCUCAGAGGAUCCUUUUGUUUUAGAUCUUGAUCUUUUAAAUCCGACAGAAGUAGCUGAGUUUGGGCUGGUAAUUACAGUUUGGUUGGAGUCCAUCCUCUAAAUUCAGGAUAUGCUUUGGUCAUGUCCCAAAUGGAAAAUGAAUCGCUGAGAGAAGAUGUGGGUGAACCUGAUGAAAAUGUGCAGAAGACAGUGGAUGAAGAUGUGACCAAGAAUAAUGGCGAGGAAGUCGAACCUACCUUCAUGACCCAGAAAAGACCAGAAGCCAAAACCACUGAGCUCAGUGCAGCACAACAGUCACAGGUCUCAGGUCCCAUUGAGAAGACCCAAACAGGAUGGGGAUAUUGGGGAAACUGGGGGAAAUCAUUGCUUUCAAGUGCUUCUGCUACAAUGGCCACUGUUGGUCAUGGAAUCUCAAAUGCCAUUGAAAAAGCAGAAACAUCCCUAGGGAUCCCCAACCCUACUGACUUAUCAUCUGAUGCCAGAGAUGCAAUAAAAGAAAGCCACAAUUCUGAAGAAGUAAGUGAUGACAAGAAAGAGACUGAAAAUCCCUCACCUCUCAGUGGUGCUUUUGGAAUGUUUUCUACAAUUUCUUCUGCUGUUCAGACCACAGGAAAAACAGUUAUAAGUGGAAGUCUGGAUGCAUUAGAAUACAUUGGUAAAAAGACUAUGGAUGUUAUAGCUGAAGGUGACCCUGGAUUUAAGAAAACAAAAGGCUUGAUGAACAGAAAUUCCACACUAUCUCAGGUCUUGCGAGAGGCCAAGGAAAGAGAACAACAGAGGACAGCUGCUGAGGUUUCCAUGACUACAGAGAAGAAAGCACAUUAUGGAUUGCUUUUUGAUGAGUUUCAGGGGCUUUCUCAUUUGGAAGCCUUAGAGAUGCUUUCCAGAGAGAGUGAAUCAAAGGUGAAAUCUGUUAUAAGUACACUUUCUGGUGAGGAGUUUGCUACUUUAAAGGAAGAGCUGGAAAAGCUGAAAGAAGCGUUUUCAUUAGCUGAAUUUGAUGAUGAUGAAGAUGAUGAUGAAGAAAAAAGAGAAGACGAAGAUUUCACAAUUGAAGUGGGCAUACUCUUUUCACAGCUGCGCAUCUCUCUAAAACCAGCUAAAUUGCUCCAAGCAAGGAACUCUGCUCAUGAAUUAGUUAAAAACCUCAACGUGCAAGUGGUUAAAGAAGCAGAACAGCAUGAAGGAGAAGGAGAUCAGGAAGUGGGCCCAGGAGAUACUGAGAAUAAAAAGUCGGUGGAGGAUAUUCACAUGGUUGCAAUCAAAAGCCUGGCUCAGUUGACAGCUUAUUCCAUUGAAAUGUUCCACAAAACUGCAGCAUUGGUUCUUCAUGGGCAAAAAGAAGAUGUGUUGGCUAUAAUCCGAGCUAAAACCCUUUCCCAAAUGACUAUUAUGCUGUGCAAAGAAUUGUCCUCUCUCUCUAAAGAAUUUGCCACAUGCUUAACAACUGCAGGGGUGGAAGAGAAGGCUGAUGUGCUCAACCCUUUAAUCACAGGAGUGUUUUUGGAGGCUUCCAACAGUGCCUCUUAUAUCCAAGAUGCCUUCCAACUACUUUUGCCAGUGCUGCAGAUCUCGCAUAUCCAGACUCAGAAAGAGUUAUCUCAGCAAUAAAUCAAGUCUGACUAAACUGGAACAUUACUUCCAAUGGACCUGAAUGGAAGUUCCCUCGUUCCAUAAGAAGAUGAAGGCAUCUUUAAUACAAAUUAAGACAGAUGUGUUGACUUGUGAUUUUCCACUGACCAGAAUAAGAUGCUGAAAGGCCAUGAUGUAGUCACCUACCUACGUAGACAAGAUGAUCUAUAGGCAGCAUAGGAAGUUUGUAACACAAUUUAUCUUUGUCAUUUUGCUGGAUGAUGUUCUAUCUGCUUCUGCUCUUUAGACUCUUUGCAUUAUGCUCCUUGAGAUAAGAGUGUUAUGAAGGAAAGACUCAUAGGGCAAGGGACGCAUAGCAUAACAGUGUUCAUGGCAUGAGACCUUCGAUUAUUGGAGUCAGUAACUGCUGCAAAUUGCAUUAUACUCACAUUGAAAUGCUAGUUUAAGUAAAAAUGCCUAGCACUCCAAAGGGAUACUGAGAAAAUAAGAUUUGUUUCAGGACAUGUGAGUGAUUUUUCAAUUGUUUAUUCUAAGAUCUGGAGAUCCCAAAGGGGGAAAAAACUUUUAAAAAACUGCUAAGGUUACAGCUCUAAAUGUUAUCUGAAAGGAGAAAAAGGGCCAUUUAUAUAUCUUGACUUGCUCCCCAGUAAGCAUGAUUAUGCUUUUAGGUUUGAAAAGGUUUUAGACAAAUUAAUGGUCUGACCUUUUAUUGAUGUAUACUCUCUACUAGUGCUAGAUUAGAGAGAGAUUUAUUGUUUUUUAAAGACACACUUUUAUGUGUAAUAGCAUUUGACGUUUAAAUAAACACAUUUUGCUAGACCUCUCUUAGUCAAUAGAUUUUCAGUGUCCUACUUCCAUAGCAGUAAAUAAAAGGAGCCAGAAGGAGUUGACUUGAUUUGAAGAAAAGUAAAGCUUUUGAUAAAUGCCUUGAGGUAAGAUGGGCGGCUUAUAAAUUAAAUAAAUAAAUAAAUAAAUAAAUAAAUAAAUAAAUAAAUAAAUAAAUAAAUAAAUGAAUGAAUAAAUAAAUAAAUAAAUAAAUAAAUAAAUAACAAGGGAAGCUUACAACUUGGAUGCACUUCUAUGAAAAUAAUUUUUCAGGUUCUGGAACUUUGCCUGAAUUCCCAAACUGAUUUAAUUCUUCAUAUCAUAACUCCAAAGACUUUAGAAUACAAAUUCCUCUUGUCUUUUUUGUCCAAUUGUUACGUUGUACAAUUUUGUCUUGUUCCAUAAUGUAUAUGUUUAUUUACUUGUUCCUUCCUAGAAUCUGCUCAGGGAAAUUCUACUAACUUUUAUGAAGUUUUUUGAACAAGCAGCUUGCUAUGACUCAAAUAUCACUUCAGCAAAGAAAAAAAAAGAUAAAUUGCAACUUGUUUUACUUUAGUGAAUGUCCUUGCUUUUACAUUUAUUAGCUUGUCUUUGUUUUAACUGCGAUUCUAAAUUUCCAUCUGGUUGCUUAGAGUUACUAAAUUACUUUAUUACCAUAUUGUAACAUUAGCAUGGAAUGUUGGAACAAUGCAUUAUGUACAUAUGCAUACAUGUAUAUGUAUGUGUAUAUAUGUGUGUGUGUGUGUGUGUGUGUAUUUAAAAAUAUAUAAGCACAUAUUUGUACAUACAUACACAAACACACACACAGAGUAAAAAAUAUUCCUUAACUUUUCAAAUAAAUUAGGCUUUUUAGAUAGUUUAAUUUCUAGAAAAGAAUCUAUUUUAUCUAUUCUAAAUAUGUAUAUUGUAUACAGAGAAUAAAUGUCUUUUGAUGCAAUAAGGAAAUGGCUACUUAUUAAAUAGGUUGACCAUUGAAUACCUAGUUACUAAUGUUCAGGUCAACAAAACAAUAUUUUGCCAAGUGCUGUUUUCAUACAUUUUCUUGUUUAUUCUAGUACGGAAGAAAUCUGCAUUGUUUAAGAUAGUGGGAGUGACAGCAUAUGUGGUGAAUAUACAGUAUAUUGGGCAGAGUACAUGCAUUUUGUUUGUCUACCAGUGUAAAGUUUACGCUUAAACUUAAAAUGCAGAUUCCACCAUAUUGUUUUACGCUAAUAGAAGAGAACAGCUAUCUGUUCAAAUGGAACAGUUGCAUAUUUUCUCCAACAGUUGCCCAGCCCUUGUUUCAUUUUUAGAUCUUUUCAAAUGAGUCAUAGAUUUAGUGAAAUACUUUGCAUUUAAUUAUAGAAUUGUAGUCUUGUUAUAGACUACAGAGAAAUGACACUUCCAAUUAAUAAAAAUGGCCUGAAUGUAACAUUAGAAAUGUAGUGCAUUUUUAGGACAGUGUGUGAAUGAACAAACCAAGACUUGAAGUCUUCAAACAAAGUGACUACAGGUUUGGAUUUUUAAGAAUAUUGAGAUUAAACUUAAAUACAAAAGAAAAGAAAGAGAGAAAAGAAAGCUAGAACAAUUAUGCAUCCCUCUGUCCUGUUCUUGUUUUUGGAAUCAAGUUCCAAAUAUACUCCCAAGUAAGCAAACUUACUUGGAAAUAUAAAUGUUUAAAUGCUGAGUACAUUUAACUAAAUUUAUUUGGACUAUGUCUUCAAUACCAAGGUUGACUCAGCCUUCCAUCCUUUAUAAGGUAGGUAAAAUGAGGACCCAGAUUGUUGGGGGCAAUAAAAGUUGACUUUGUAUAUAUACAAAUGGAUGAGACUAUUGCUUAACACAAUGUAAGCCGCCCUGAGUCUUUGGAGAAGGGCGGGAUAUAAAUUCAAAUAAUAAAUAAAUAAUAAAUAAUACCUAUGCACUAUUUUUCCAUGAGAUAAGGCAGUGAUGGCUAAUCUUUUUGCCGUCGCUUGCCAAAAGCGGGGGGACUGGGGUGGGUGGGUUGCGCAUGUGCAUGCCCACACCCAUAAUUCAAUGUACCCCGCACAUGUGCGCAUGACCCCCCCACUCUGCCCACUUUUGGCAAUGGCAUAGUGGGCCCGGUAGGCCCGUUUUUCGCCCUCCCCAGGGUCCAGAGGCUUUCUUGGAGCCUGGGGAGGGCAAAAACAACAUCCCCACCCCCCAGAGGCCAGAAAUGGCCCAUUUCCCAACUUCUGGAGGGCCCGGAAGGCCCAUUUUUCACGCUCCCCAGGCUGUAGAGGCUUUCUUGGAGCCUGGGGAGGGCAAAAACUGCCUUCCCCACUCCCCCGGAGGCCAGAAACAGCCCAUUUCCUGACUUCCGGUGGGUCCGGAAGGGCUGAAAAUCAAGUGGCCGGUGCGCACAUGCGUGCUGGAGCUGAGCUAGGGGAACGCUCGCAUGCCGACAGAUACGGCCUCAGGUGCCAUAGGUUCGCCAUCACGGGUAUCAUGGAGCAUGCUGGUUGAGGAAUUCUGGGAGUGAAGUCCACAUCUCUUAGGGUUUCCAAGCUUGGAAAAACGUUGCUUUAAAACCUAUCGAUCAUCUUCCAUUGGGUUAGAAAGGGAUGAGAUUAGUGACAGUUAAAUUCUCACAUAGUUUUAUGCUUCUGCAAAUAACAUUGACAAGUUUGGAUUAUACAGAACAAAAGACAACUCUGUGUCUAAGGAAAUAGUUUGCAAACCAAAUUCUCAGCUUUAAGCCAAUUGUUAGGGAUCUUGUAGUUUCAACACAAGUAAGGGUUGAACUGAAUGAACUUUUAAGUCUUUUUUUUUUUAAUUUGUAUAAUUCAGUAUCAAAGAAAUGAGGAAAGAGAAAGCUCAUCACUUCUUGUUCAAAUAACUGCUCAAAAACAAUACAAUUAAACAGGUUUUAUGAAGUAGACUUGGGUAAGCAGAACAAAAUGUAGUAGAAGCAGCCAAUUGCACAAAUUAUUAUAGCAAUAAUUGUCAGACCAAAAGAGGCACAAGUUGCCCACUUCAAACAUAUGCUAACAGCAUGAUCAUCGGUCUCCAUCUUGGCUUCUGGCAACACUUGCUCGGGGCUGAAAAUGGGUAGCAAUCCUUUAAAACCUGGUCUUCGGCAUGUCGGAUAUGUAGAUUUUAAUACUAAAAAGGAAGGCCAACUGUGAACUAUAAUUAUUCUUUUAAAAAAUGGAAAACAGUGUCCCAAAAGUGCUUUUUAACAGGCAACUGGAAUUUCUUGAGUUUUUUUUUCCCAUUAAAAUGUUUUACUGCUCAUCCAAGAAGUUUCUUCAGUUCUCAAGAAGCUUCUUGGAUGAGAAGUGAAACUUUUUAAAGGAAAAAACCCAAGAAAGUCCAGUUGCCUUUUGAAAAGCACCUUUGGAACAACUUGACCUGAAUGAUUAAGAAUGCUCUGGGAAAUUGAUGGAUAGAUUCUCAUAAAACAACAUACAGGUAAUUCUAAUAUUAUUGGGCUUUUCCUAUUUCUACUUUUAUUUUCACCUUGAUCAUUCUACAUAAGUUAGAAUGAUCAAUUAUUGUACUAUUCUUAAUUUAUACUAUGAAGCAUACUUCAAGCACUUCUGAUAAAAAUAAUCAAAUAGCUUAAUUUGGAACACUAAUGCGAUUGAUUGUGUAGUUACAUAAGAAAUUGAUUAUUAUUUACUCCAGAAAGCCUACUGUGCCCUCAAUGUGAUAUGUAAGUUUGCACAUGUGUAUAUUCCUUUAGAGGGAUGCGGUGACUCAGUGGCUAAGAUGCUGAGCUUGUCGAUCAAAACGUCAGCAGUUCAGUGGUUCAGAUCCCUAGUGCCGUGUAACGGGGUGGGCUCCUGUUACUUGUCCCAGCUUCUGCCAACCAGCAUCUGCCAACCAGCGUCUUAGCAGUUCGAAAGCAUGAAAAAAUGCAAGUAGAAAAAUAGGGACCACCUUUGGUAGGAAGGUAACAGCAUUCCGUGCGCCUUCGGCUUUUAGUCAUGCCAGCCACAUGACCACGGAGAUGCCUUCGGACAGCGCUGGCUCUUCGGCUUUGAAACGGAGAUGAGCACUGCCCUCUAGAGUCGGGAACUACUAGCACAUAUGUGCGAGGGGAAUCUUUACCUUUACCUUUUUAUAUUCCUUUAAAUAUCUUCAAGACACUUCUUCAAUACUGACUCAACUCAGUGGAAUUCUUAUCUCUGUGGAAGAAUCUCAGUUGCAAAAUCAGUUGCUUUCAAGAUAUGUGUGUAGAAAUGUUUUACUUGCUAAGCCUUGCUUACAUUUUGAAUGAUUGCUGAAAUUGACAUAUCCUCAUCACUUGACUAAUCAAGUAACCUCUGUUGUUUUCUUUCUUUUCUGGUCAAAUCUCUUGCAAAAAAGGAAGGUAAAAGUAGAAUGGUGAGUGAGACAUUUGGGAAAAUCCUCCUCCUCUUCAAAUCAAUCUAUAUUCAGUUUUGAGUGAAAACUAUUUUGGUCACAUUGUAAAAAGCAAAUAAGGUGCGACUAGGUGUCAUGAAGGAACGUGACAAUUGUAACUGAAGUUAUGAUUAGGAAUGAUAUUAUUAUAUAUUAUUCCAAAAGAGGCAUUUGCUGGAUUUUUUUCCCUUAGAUGGUAAAAUAAUUUAGGUAAUUUUUAGUUUAACUGCACUUGAUAAGUUCUUGGUCAACAUAUUGUGCUCCACCAUAAAUUCUGCACUGAUUUAUUCUCAACGAGAUUAUAGGAUUUAAUAGCCAUUUGUGAAGUAAACUGGUCAAAUAAAGACAACCUGUCUGACACCCAAGCCUGUCAAAACUGUCCGGAAUAAUCAGGAUUUAAGAAUGAAGUUAAUCUGAGCAGCUGAAUACAUACUGCCCAUUCAUUUUAUGUGGGACGUAUAAGCUUGGUGCUGGGUGGAACCAGUUUUUCUUCUUUCCCAGAUCAUAAAAGAGGAGGUAACUCUGUGGCAGGAGCUACAUUUCUGCUAGUCGAGUCUGCAUUGAAAGGCUUGCUUCUCUUUCCACUUCCCCAGGUAUCUCCCAGUCCUGCUUAGAUUCAACUUAAUAUAUACUGAUCUGACCUGAGAAACUUAGUGUGGAGCCGUGACAAAUUAAUUAUAUAUUUUGUAAUAACUGUACUGUUACUGAACAAUGUCCUCAAUUUUAAAAGCAUUUGGGCGAGAAGACAAAGACAAGAAGGAUGAAAAGGACAAAGGAAAAGAACAUAAAGACCAUAAGGGUGGAGACAAAAAGGACAAAAAAAAGAAAAAGGAGAAAAAGGAGAAAAAGCAUGGGCAAGAUGACAGUUCCAGCAGCAGCAGCAGCUCUGAUAGUGACUCUGGCAAGACUCACAGUGGAGAAAAGAAGAAAAAGGAAAAGAAAUGACUUUGAGGCAGCCCACACCUCCCAGCUGAAUUGAAGUUCAACUAGUGAAGGGUAUUUGGGCAUAGGGGGAGAAACAAAAAUUAUGUUCAUUUUCUUCAAAAUAAAAUGUCUUUAUUUUGGUUUACCUUAA